CUCUCGAAAAACCUCUCUUCUGCGUCACAAAGAGCCCCCAAAUUGCAAAAGCCUCCCUUGAACCCCUCACUCCACCCACCUCUCUCUAUCUCACUAUGUUUAGAAUCCACCGCUUUGCAUUGGCCAAAUCCUUCCACCUACGCUUCUUCUCUCCGUCCGCCGCUGCUCUCAUCGAAGAACCAGCAAUCGAGGCCGCCCCACUGACCUACCUCGAAGGACUCCCCAAGCCCGGUCCAGUGGAGACGAUCCUCGCGAUCCCUCGCUCCACAUCCGGCAAGAGCAUAGCCGCUAAAGAGCGAAAAGCUGGGCGAGUCCCGAGCAUCCUGUUCGAGCAGGAAGAUGGGCAGCAUGGCGGUAAUAAAAGGCUGAUUUCGGUGCAGUCGAAUCACGUUAGGAACUUGGUUAAUAAGCUUGGAAGAUCAUUCUUCUUGUCCAGGCUUUUUAAACUUGAGGUCAGACCGGAGUUUGAGUCGGACGAGAUCAUCGAGGAAGUCCGGGUUUUGCCUAGAUUGAUUCAUUUGCACUCGAUAACUGAUAUACCCAUUAAUGGCACCUUCAUAAGGGCACCUUCCACUGCGUUGUUGAAGGUUGAUGUUCCUCUUGUCUUCACAGGCGAAGACGUAUCUCCUGGACUCAGGAAAGGUUCUUAUUUGAAUAUCAUUAAGAGGACCGUCAAGUUCCUAUGCCCCGCAGAUAUAAUUCCUCCAUAUAUUGAGGUGGAUCUAAGUGAACUGGACGUGGGCCAAAAGUUGGUAAUGGGAGACCUCAAGGUUCAUCCAGCUCUACAGCUCAUCCAGUCAGAAGAACAGCCUGUUGUUAAGAUCAUGGGAGCCAGGGUUUCUGACCAAAGGAAAUCUAAAUAAGCACUUGAGGAUUCAUCCCCACUCCUCGGAGCAUUUACAGGCAAAAGUAGUUCUCUGAUCAUCAAAACUUAGUUAUUGUACUGUAUAGUAGAGGGCAGGUCCGUCCAAUCUUAGAGUGGUUGUAAUCUUUUUGUUUUUUGGAUUCCUUUUUCACUUUUGGGUGAGAGAAUAGUGGAGGUCAGAGCCUGCCAUUUUUGGACUUGCUAGUUACUGAUCCAAGAAAUAAUUCCUUAUUUAUAAUCAUUAUUCUUGUUAUAAUGACUAUGGAUUUCUAGGAUAAUUUUUCUUGUUCCUUUAA